AUGGCAUUACCACUGGGCACGAUAACAACAUGGAAUGAUCUGGCACAAAAUUUUUUGACCAAGUUCUUUCCUCCAGCGAAGUCAGCGAAGUUGAGAAAUGAUAUCACAUCAUUUCUACAAGAUGAUACUGAGUCGUUGUACGAGGCCUGGGAGAGAUACAAGGAAUUGAUGAGGAAGUGCCCACAUCAUGAUGCAAUACAGCAAAUGCCGAGCUAUGCGAAGUUCCUGAAGGAGAUACUUUCGAACAAGAGGAAAUUAGAAGAUGAGGAAACGUUUCCGUCGGAAGCGGAUUCAUGUUUUAGUGUGGAUGUGGUGGAUGAACUUGUUGUGGAGUCCAUGGAAGAAAACAUCCCAGAAUUACCUCUAGAAGCGUGUAUAGCCAAAUCGAAAACGGUAGAGAGGGCAAAGGAAAAUAAUAAAGAAGCUCCAAGGCUUGAACUGAAACCCUUACCACCUCACCUCAAAUAUGUCUAUCUUGGAGACUCAGAAACUUUUCCGGUGAUAAUUAGUGCAGAAUUGAAUGCCUUAGAGGAAGAGAGGUUGAUUAGAGUGUUGAGGGAACAUAGACUAGCAAUUGGAUGGACCAUUACGGACAUUAGAGGUAUCUCACCCUCAUUUUGCAUGCAUAAGAUUCUCAUGGAGGAUGACUUUAAGCCGAGGGUACAACCACAACGGAGAUUGAAUCCUUCAAUGAAGGAAGUGAAAGGAGGGAUCACUGUUGUGAAGAAUGAGAGUAAUGAGUUGAUUCCAACAAGAACGGUAACGGGUUGGAGAGUGUGCAUUGAUUACCGUAAACUGAACGAGGCGACAAGGAAGGAUCAUUUUCCAUUGCCCUUCAUCGAUCAGAUGUUGGAGAGGUUGGCAGGACAUGCAUAUUAUUGUUUCCUGGAUGGCUAUUCAGGAUAUAACCAAAUUGCCAUCGCUCCGGAGGAUCAAGAGAAAACGACCUUCACUUGCCCCUACGGCACCUUUGCUUACCGAAGAAUGCCGUUUGGGUUAUGCAAUGCACCAGCAACAUUCCAAAGAUGCAUGAUGUCAAUCUUUGGAGACAUGGUGGAAAAAUUCAUAGAAGUGUUCAUGGAUGACUUCUCAGUUUUCGGAUCAUCAUUUGAUAACUGUCUAACAAAUUUGUCUCUUGUUUUGCAGAGAUGUAAGGAAACAAAUUUGGUGCUGAAUUAGGAGGAAUGUCACUUCAUGGUCCAAGAGGGAAUAGUGCUCGGGCAUAGGAUUUCCAAGGAUGGGAUUGAAGUUGAUUUGGCAAAGACAGAAGUGAUUGAGAAGCUACCACCACCAUCAAAUGUCAAAGCAGUCGGAAGUUUCUUGGGGCAUGCGGGGUUUUACAGACGCUUCAUCAAGGAUUUUUCAAAGAUCUCUAAACCCCUUUGCAAUUUAUUAAAUAAAGAUGUUGUUUUUGAUUUUAAUGAUGAUUGCAUGCAUGCUUUCCUAACUCCGAAAAAAUUACUAGUAUCUGCACCUAUUAUUGCAGUUCCCGAUUGGGGACUGCCCUUUGAACUAAUGUGUGAUGCUAGUGACUUUUCUUUAGGGGUAGUUUUAGGUCAGAUAAUAAAUAAAGUGUUGCAUGUAAUUCAGUAUGCUAGCAAGACACUUGUUGAUGCACAACUGAAUUACACCACCACUGAAAAAGAAUUAUUGGCUGUUGUGUUUGCUUUUGACAAAUUUCGUUCUUAUUUAUUAGGUGCGAAGGUGAUCGUUUACACAGACCAUUCAGCACUCAGACACCUACUGGCGAAGCAAGAAGCAAAACCUCGGUUGAUAAGAUGGAUUCUACUACUUCAAGAGUUUGAGUUAGAGAUUUGAGACAAGAAAGGAUCGGAAAAUGUGGUAGCUGAUCAUUUGUCGAGAAUUGAGAGACCAAUUGAGGGAAAUGAGUUGGAAAUGCCAAUUUCAGAAACAUUUCCGGAUGAGAAGCUGAUGAUAGUGGAAGAAGCACUAUGGUAUGCGGACUUUGCAAAUUAUCUUUCAUCAAGGGUGUUCCCAAGUGUUCCCGAUUGGGGACUGCCCUUUGAACUGAUGUGUGAUGCUAGUGACUUUGGUUUAGGGGUAGUAUUAGGUCAGAGAAAAAAUAAAGUGUUACAUGUGCGAAGGGAGCUCCAAAGGCAUCAAGUUACCAACAUCUCCACUGCCCUUACUAAAGCCAACACCCUUAUUGAGUUCCACAAGGGCAAAUCAUCCAAGCCAAAGAAAGAUGGCAAGCCCGAUCACGACAAAGGUGGGGGAGGAAAGGGAGACAAACCUUCCCACCGAGAAAAGAGAGACAAACCGCCUCACAAGAAGGAAUGGCGGAAGGAUGGCAAGAAGGAAUACAAGCAUCGGGAGAAUUGUUAUCUGUGUGAUGGGGACUAUUGGAUCCGAGACUGCCCCAAGCGCAAGGCCUUCAACGCCAUGUUCGAAGAGAAGCAACCUGAGACAUCCUCAUCCGAAACCGCCAACAUGGGGUGCCUCUAA